GAUCCAACCAAAUAUACUUCACAACUUCACGAUAGAUCCCGGAUUUUGAUCCACGUGACUGGCUGUCACUGUUGCAAAACGAAACUGUGCGUUUGCUGUUUACUACUGAUCAAAUACUUAGCUGUUUUAAAACAAUUAAAUAGGUUACAUUCAAUCAGACCAGAGGGGAAGGGUCUGGUGACAGCUAUCAGAAUGAAGGAGCCAAGUGCCUGUGUCAUGUUCUUCCUAGCACUCACUGUGAUAUUGGGGCUGUCCUAUGGGGUCCAGGGUGGGUAUCAAGACUACUGUGUGAUAGGGGCUGGCCCCUCGGGGCUACAGAUGGGCUACUUCCUGGCCAGCGCUGGCAGAGAUUAUAUCAUCUUUGAACGGUCUAAUGUCUCAGGGAAUUUCUAUGUCAACUACCCACGCCAUCGAAAACUGAUUAGUAUCAACAAGCGCUGGACGGGGAAGACCAACAAGGAGUUUAACCUACGCCACGACUGGAACUCCCUGCUCAGCCAUGAUGAAAGCUUGCAAUUCACUAAAUACUCCAAAGAAAUGUUCCCUUCGGCUGAUAGAUACCUUGACUACCUACGCGACUACCAACAACGUCUGGCCCUGAAUGUGCAGUUUAACACGGAAAUACGCAACGUACGUAAGGAGGUGUGUGAGGGUGCCCCCGACGGCCAUGUCUACACGAUGGUAGACCAGAGGGACGUUCCGUACAAAUGUGGGCGGUUGAUCAUAGCGACAGGUAUUGGUAAGCCAAACAUUCCGGACAUAGAAGGCAUGGAUUUGGUGGAUGGUUACGAGGACAUGUCUCUCAACAAAGAUGACUAUGAGGGCCAGACCGUACUAAUUCUGGGUCGAGGUAACUCUGCGUUUGAGACAGCCACCCACAUCUACGGAUCUACGAACCUUAUCCACAUGAUUGCCCGUUCUCGUGUCCGUCUCUCCUGGGCCACACAUUAUGUUGGGGAUCUAAGGGCCAUCAACAAUGAGCUGCUGGACACUUAUCAGCUUAAGUCCCUGGAUGGUGUCCUGGAAGCCUCUCUCAGCGAAGUCGCGAUUGUGAAGGACGCAGAUGGGAAACUCGCCCUGAAAAUCGUUGAUAGCGGCCCUGAGGAGGAGUCAGAGGACACCUUCGAUAACUUUGCCAUGCGGGAGCCUUAUGACAGAAUCAUCAGAUGCCUUGGUUUUACUUUUGAUAACAGUAUUUUUAACGAAACAAUGAAGAUAAGCUUUCCGAAGGGCCGAGCAAAGAAGUAUCCGUCCAUCAACCACAACUAUGAGUCAGUGGACCACACUGGCAUGUUUGUCGCUGGAACAGCAUCACACUCCCUUGACUUCCGCAAGUCAGCAGGAGGGUUUAUUCAUGGAUUCAGAUAUUCUGCACGUGCCUUACACAGGUUGCUGGAGUGGCGUUACCAUGGUAAUGCAUGGCCUUCAACGACAGUGCCACACCAACAGCUCCUGACCCACAUACUCAAGCGUAUCAAUGAAGCCUCAGGAAUCUACCAGAUGUUCUCUGUGCUUGGAGAUGUCAUCAUCCUCGGAAAUGAAACAUACACAUACCUGGAAGAAUUCCCUAUCAACUUGGUCCACAAUUUGUAUGAGAUGUCGGGCCAUAAAGGAAGCAAAAUAAUUGUCCUCAACCUUCAAUACGGGCCAAACUUCUCCGGGCCGGGCAACGAUAUAUUCCGAUUGGACAGGGCAACAGGAGACCCCUCGGAUGCUCACAAGUCAAACUUCCUACAUCCAGCUUUCUACUAUUAUGAGAAAUUGCCCACUGAGCACCAGAUGAAGUACAAGGGUAUGUCGAACCACCUUCCCCGCCCUGAUCUCCUUCACCACAUUGUGGAAGACUUCCUCACAACCUGGGAUGCCUCUACUUCACACAUCUUACCUCUACGCAGAUUCCUCGAAAAUGUUCUCAAUAAAGAUAUGCGCAACUACUUUGCUGAAGACUGCAUGGAGAUGGCUCUGACAAAUCUGGAUGUGCCAUAUUCGUGUCAGGAGUUUUACAUGAAUGGGGCGGGGCUAGCUGGGUCAACUCUGCACAUGAGUAAAUGAGAUUGAUUGUUAUUAGAUUCAUAGAAAUUCAUGUUUGAUAUAUGUUAAGAAACAUACAUGGCUUCUGGGAUCUUUUAAGACAUUCUCCUUGUAUUUUACUCCCCUGAUAUAAAUGCUAAUGUUUUUGUUAUAUGCUGUAUCAUGUCUGAUAAAAUAUUUUUUUGUGGGGGUGCGGGGCACUUAAUUUAGACAGAACCAUUAGCUCUGUGUAUCAAUAGGUUUCGUAAUAGAAUGCAUCUUGUUUAUUGUUAGGAAUGAAAACAUAUUGUUACAAUGAUAUUCAUUAUGCAGUAAUUUUCCUUUAAAAUCAGUAUUUAUUCAUGGUUUGCUACAAAUAGUUCCCUUGGAGCAUGUGCCUUAUUAUACUGAGUGCUACAUUCUUUACUUCUCUUACAAAAUGCAUAAAUGGCUGCUGUUUUUCAUCAUUAGUAUCUUUUGUGUCCAAAGCUAUGUUAUCUGGUUUUGUUGUUUUGUAAAGUUAACACUUAAAGAACUACAGGAAAUGGACCGUUAAAAACAUGAUCUGUAAUGUGUGUUUAUGUUUCAAGGUAGUAUGUAUUAAAUAGAUCUAUUUUUGAAUCCCCCUGUAAUCACCCAUAUUGGGUUACCUUGUUUAUUGAUAAUGAUUAGUUCAAGAAGUAUAUUAGAAGCAAAUAUGUUGUUGAGCAAAAUAUAUUCAGUAUUCUUGAUUUUAACUGCUGCAAUUCAGAUUUUAUAUUGCAUAAAAUUCAUAGACCUGUUAUACUUGCAUUCAUAACCUGCACAAAAUUAUAGAAGUUUGUUAAUUAUAGAAGUUUGUUUUUGAUUUUUUUUUCUUAUUGAAACUUUUAUGUUGAGAAAUGGCAAAUCACUAUAUAUAUUGAUUAUGCCAAAGCCGUUGGUUUUACAGAAGAUUUUGGUAGAAAAUCUUUACCAAAUAUACCAUUAUGGCUACAUCUUUCAACUAAGUAAUUCUUGAUUUAAUCGUGUUCGUAUUUAUUCUUUCAUUUUUUCAAAUACAUGUAGUUUUAUAUCCUGUUUUGUUUAUCUUUAUUGCUUACGAAGUGUUAGGAAUUGUUUUCAAUUAGCACUGGAAUCAAACAUUACCUACAAGCGAAUACGACUUAUUUGUCAAAACUGUUUUUGUUAUUUUUAUCCAUAUUGUUAUGCUCAAACACUUUGGCAUAUUAGCCUUCCUUUUAUACAUAUAUACAUGUUCUACUUGCCAUGAUAUUUUUUUAAUUUACACUUUGAUAAACAUAUAUAAAUACUGGUAAAAGCUUUACACACAAUUUUGCAUUUGGAUGCUGAAUAAAGAUAUAUUAUGGAUCAAAUAUUGAUUAUUUACAUUUUUUAAUUGUUAACACAUGUGAAAUAAAUCCAAAUAUUUUGUUAAAAUUAAUUGAUAAUGAUUUGUUUAAAUCUAUUAUGCAGAAUGUUGGAUCAUACAUCAGCUAUCAUAACUCACCAACCUCUUUCUGAAGCCUUUCUCGGAUAUACUUUCAAACUCUCCCUUUAUGCUUCUUAUCGCCUGUGCCUUCCAUUUUGCUUUCUCUUUCUUGCUUGAUUGGAGACGUAGCACUAAACUUGCAUCUUAUAUAAUCAUGUACAUUUAUAGUCUUAUUUAGUGAACGUGUAACCUGGGUAACCACUGUGUAAACAUUCAUUGAAACAUUCAUUGCUUUUUCAAAUUUAGUCACAAAAUGUUUUGUUAGUUUAUGUAGUCUUGCUUUCAUGUAUCAAGUUCUUCAUACAGAUGACCAUACGGUGAAACACCUUUAGAUGCAUUCUUAUUCAGUUGAACCAAUAAAAUUACUUAAGUGUGUGAAAAAUGAAAGCAUAUGGUCUUCAAUUUCAAACGGUGUUAUUGUUCACCUGUGUCCAGUUCUUCUUAUGAGCAUGUUUCCAUUAGAUUUGUUGUAAGGCCAUGUAUAGGGCGUGGUUAAGAACUGUUCACUGACUGACUGACUGUAUUACACAGAGAGAUUAAGGAGGGUGAAGUCCAUAUAACAGAAAUAUCUUUACUUAAAAUGAAACCUUCUCCUUACUUUUCUGUUCAAUUUCAUUUAAAGAGUGUUCUGCUUAAGGUAUAUUCUGCUUUUUAAACAUGGAGACACUUCAGUUAGGAAGAUGAAAACACCAUUAUUAAGAGCAAGUUUUUUUAUUGAAAAAUAUUCAAUCAUUAAUUAUAUAUGUUUUAUGGCCCCAGUUCGCUGUACACAACAGUGUUUGUAGUUGUACUUGUUUGGAACCUUUAUACUGUUGUUUGUUUCUCACUUUUCAUGCAAUUCACUUCUUUGUUAUUAAAAUUGUUUUUGAAAUCACACCCAUAUAUUAUAUUUUUCUAGAAAUAAACAAAAACCUGUUCUA